GACCGACCCAGUGCGAUUUUCUGGCAGCAUAAAUUGUGGCGUAAAUGAACGGUCAAGUCCCAAUCAGGAAGUGUGGCGCGAAAUUGAGGUCACUUCUAUUUUUGGCACCAACGCCCUUCUUCCUUCAUUACCUUCACUUGCAGGCCAAGUUCUUUCAGGGUUCUUCUUUUUUUCUUUGCUCUGGAAGCAAUUACAUCCUACAGAACAAGUACAUCCUAAUGCCUCACAUCAAUUCCUAUCAUACGCGACUUCAGCCUCGCGCCAAUUUUGUUCUUGACCCUAGCGGGCAGAUGUCUGUGGUCUCUGAAGAAGGAGGAGACGCCCAAGGCGCGUUCCAGUACCCAUCCAGCGUUUCAACGCCUUUGUCGAGCUCUACGUCUUUGGCGAGCACGAGUUUGAGUGCGACGACGGCUUCUACGAGUUCUGUGAUCACGCCUAGUUCCUCCAGCUCUGUACCGACAUUAUCUUCCUCGCUUCCCGUGGACUCUUUGUCUUCUUCGGCAUCAUCUUCAUUUUCGUCGACCUCGGACUCAUCCUCAGCGAGUGUGACAGUAGCUUCUUCGACGAGCGUGUCUUCUGCGGCUAUAACCACGGCUUCUUCAUCGACAGAAAGCCCUACAGUGGCUGCGACGAGUUCGUUUCAAUCUACGACUGAUACUACCUCAGCCGCGUCACCUACUACACCUCCUGCACUAGCUGCACCGACCGUGUCGCCAUCCGGUACAAAUUACGCUACUGUCUCAACUCACAGCCCGCCUUUCUUCGUUGGCAUCAUCUUCGGAACAAUUGUAGCUAUCGCCAUUCUUGCAGCUCUCGUGGCAUGGUAUUUCCGCCUGAAGAGCAACCGCAGGAAACAAGAUGAACUCUUUAGGGAUGCGAACGGUGAUCGUGACGUCGGAGAACCCAAGAGGGACGACACUUUCAUUGGACAUCCUAGCUUGCUGACGACUGAAGGUCUGGGCGCGUCGGUCAACAAUGUGCUGGCCUCACCAAUAUGGUCUAUGCCACCCCCACCUCCUCCGGUUGCAGCGGCUUAUCCAUUUCGGCUUUCACCAGUUUCCUCAAUACGGGCUACGCCUGUCCCUAUUUUACGCGACAGCGUUGCAUAUCCAUUGCCUCUUCCUUCCCAGAACAUGCUCCCUCUGCCUGAAGCCUCGUUUCGAGCAGCAAGUCCUCACUCUUUUCAAGUUACGAGGGAAUCAAGCAUAGCACCAAGUUCCCUAGUAUGUCCUUCCACCACAUACGCGUCAUCGUACAACUCGCGGACGGAACUUCUCCCUCGAGAGUUUGGUACGCCGAGACAGGCCAUGGAUCGGCCGAGAUUCCUGAGUCUAGAGAGCGGACGGGGACUGAGGGUGCCGUGGCGAAGACAGGACUCGGGACAAGGCGGAUGGGAGACGCACCACGAGGUGAUGGAAACUAACAAUCAAGACCAUUCCGCCGCGGCUAUCCAAGGCUCAAAUAUUGGCGGAUGGACUGCGUCUUUGAGGGCGAAUAUUAUGAAUGCUCUGGGUAGCGUCAUGCCUACCUCUUCUCCCUGGGUGCCUGCUUCGGACCAUCUGACACCUGCGCCUCUGACGAGGAAGGAGAAAGCCGAAGGGCAAGAUAAAGAGUGGAAGACAUUUUUCGGGGGAGAGUUGAUCGGGGAUCCAGAUUGGGCCUCUGAUCUAGAGGCAACACUUGAUUCCAACACCAAUGUCUCGCGCACGGGUACGUUAGCGGAUUACAAGGGAGGUGAUCACGCGUUUUCGCCGAACCUGUCGAGGGAGACGACGGUGGUUCAGCCCGUGUCCAGGGCCGGGUCGGCAGUUAGUCUGAGGUACCCUAAGAAGGCCAAGGUGACACGGCUGGGUUCAAGUGCCAGUGGGUAUUCAGUGAAGAGCACACUGACGGAUGGGGAGGAGGCUGUUCGGCGGGCGUUGGCAGAAAGGCGAAAAGGGCAUGAUUCGUAGUCUAUUAGCAUAAAAUAUACUGAAAAAUGAAAACAGAAAUUUCGGGGAGUUCCGAUUGAAAAUAACAUAUGGAAAGAUUUAUGGCUUGUUUUGUGCGUCAGAAAUGCCCGGAAACGACCCGUACAGUGUGGUGCAUUAAUUUUUGCCAGCAAGAGGUUGCACAGAGCCCAGAAGAGAGGAGGAAUGGAAGACAUUUUGAGCAAGGUGGAUGCGUUGGAAGUUUCCUUUUUUGGAAGUCAGAUGUAAAGUACCGGAAAUUCAGAACGGCAAUCGAAAGAGGGAUUCGGUGUUG